UGUAACAAUAACUCUAUGUUAUCUUUCUUGGAUAUCAGUAACAAUGACUUGAAAGGUCAAAUUCCUGAUGCAAUUGGUAAUCUCACUAACCUAGAAGUUCUACUCCUGAGAGGGAAUCAUUUUCACGGUCAAGUUCCCUUCCAAUUGUGCAACUUAUUGCAUUUGAGUUUAUUGGAUCUUUCUUCCAAUAACUUAUAUGGCCCUAUUCCCAGUUGCCUAUCUCAAAUACCUGCUACGGGUGGCAUCCAUGAAAGCAAUAUUAUUGGUGCUAUUGGUAUGGACUUUGGGUUAAUAAAUGAAGGCAUAGUGGGUGACUUGAUUGACGCGAAAUUACGAUCAGCUCACAAUGCUUUUUACAACAAGGCAGAGUUUGUGACAAAGAACAUGGCUUAUAAUUAUGAAGGUAGAGUCCUUCAUUACAUGUCUGGUAUAGAUCUCUCUUGCAACAAAUUAAUAGGCCACAUACCACAUGAGCUUGGUAAUUUGAGUAACAUCCAGGCAUUGAAUUUAUCACAUAACAAAUUAUGGGGUGUCAUUCCAUCAGAUUUUUCAAACUUGAAGAGCAUCGAGAGUGUAGAUUUAUCCUACAAUCGCUUGAAUGGUAGAAUUCCAGCUGAAUUUUCAAAUCUGAAUACUCUUGAGGUCUUUAAUGUCAGCUACAACAACCUAUCAGGAAGGAUCCCAUUUGAUGCUCAGUCAUCAACCUUUGAUGCCAGCAGUUACCAAGGCAAUCCAUUUCUUUGUGGACUUCCUUUACCCAUCAACUGCACUUCAGGUGAAUCGCCCUCCACAAGUAAAGGUGAAUCCCAAGGUGAAGACAGUGACUGGAUUGACAUGAAAACUUUUUAUAUCACCUUCGCGGUAUCUGGUAUGACUAUGUUUCUUGCGGUUGUGAUAAUUAUGUUGAUUAAUUCUCAUUGGUAGAAUGCAUG